CCGUGCGGGCCGCGGGCUGGUGAGGCGGUAGGGGUUUUGAGGCAGGCAGGCUCUUCGAGGCAGCAGGCCGGCUCUCCUUGGCGGAGGGAGUGGCCAUAGCGGCGGAAGAUGGAGGCGGUGGUGUUCAUCUUCUCUCUGCUGGACUGCUGCGCGCUAAUCUUCCUCUCCGUGUACUUCAUAAUUACAUUGUCUGAUUUAGAAUGUGAUUACAUUAAUGCUAGAUCAUGUUGUUCCAAAUUAAACAAGUGGGUAAUUCCAGAAAUGAUUGGCCAUUCCAUUGUCACUGUAUUGAUGCUUGUUUCAUUGCACUGGUUCAUCUUCCUUCUCAACUUGCCUGUUGUCACGUGGAAUAUAUAUCGGUUCAUUAUGGUGCCAAGUGGUAACAUGGGAGUGUUUGACCCAACAGAAAUACACAAUCGAGGGCAGCUGAAGUCACACAUGAAAGAAGCCAUGAUCAAACUCGGUUUCCACUUGCUCUGUUUCUUCAUGUAUCUUUAUAGCCUUGGAUUAAGUCUAGCUUUGGUGGAAGCCAGGGAGCACUAAGCUCAACUCCCCUGCAGCCGACGUUUCAGGGUGGAAGGACUGCCCCGGCAACACAAGAAAGGAGGAACGAGGUAGGAAACGUGCCCAUGGCUCUACUGGCCUCUGGGGGGUCACAGAUUCUCCUGUGGUGAUGUUGUAUUUCUGCCAGGCAAAGGGCCAAGAAGCUGGUACAAGAUCUCUUUCUUACCUUUUCCCUCUGAUGCACCUUCUGUUUAAAAAAGUCCUUUUCCCCAACUUCCAGUGCCUCUUUAUGUUCUGCUCAAGCUUGUGAAGCUGUUGAACUUAAAUCCUUAGCACCCAAAGAAUAACAAGCUACUUAAAAUAGCUCAGAGUGGUGAGGAAACAUUUUGUCCCUAAUAACCAAAACCAGUGCCCAUGGAGCCAAGUGCCUCAGGGUUGUGGGUUUACAUGUCGGGUCAGGUUACUGAGCAGAUCAGAGUCCUUGUAACAGGACCAUCGGUGCUUUCCUUCUGAAGCAUUAACUCUGGUUAAAAGCAAAAACUUUCUUGUAUUGCUUGUACCAAAGUCAGGAAGGGAGUGGGGGGAACCACUCUAGUUUUUUGUUUUUCUUUUUAAGGUCUCUUCUAUGAAUGAUGAAAAAGGGCAGGCAAGCUCCAACUUUAAAAUAGCUGUGAUUAAGAUGCUGCAGGUCAAUUUCCUAUGCUUUGUACCAGUGGGAGAGUUGUGGAGGACCUCACUGGGUCUGAGGGCCUGGAGCUUGUCAGGGCUCUGAAGUGUGAGCGCCUGGGAGCCCGGUGUUGAGUGCAGGGGUGUUGCCUCCCUCCUCAUACUGUCCCAGUGUAAAGGUGGAAGUGGGACCAGCUGGUGCAGACCACCCUGGGUGCUCCCAUGUCCCAGUCUCCGUCUGUGACUCAGGUCACUUCCUCUGCCCUUUUCCUGCCGUCCUUCCAGCAAUAGCAGACCCUGUUGCUAAUACCUGAAGCCUCAGCUGAGCGCAAAGAUGCACCUGAGUCCAUCAGAGCCCAGCAGGCCCUGCACUGCCUUUUCCUGCCUGCCACACCGAUGACCAUGGGAUGGGAGGCCAGCCAGCUGUCCCUGGCCUGGCCUGGUGUUGGGCGUGCAAGCUAAGAAAGCUUCCUGCAGCCCUUGGCCUCCUGUGAUUCAUCACUUGUCGUCUGGUGUCACAGUUCCUGUGUACAGUUCAUCUGCUAGAUUGUGCGCUCCUAGAGGGCAGAGUCCAUGCAAACUCAUGUUUUUAUCUUCUUCCUUUCUCCUGGCAUCUACCACUGUCCCUUGCACACAGAAACAAUAAAUGAGUGUUGAGUAACAAGCAA